AUUUCUACAUAUUUUACAAUUUUCUUCGAAAAAUGACCAUCGCUGGAUUUUGUGCUUUAUCUCUCAUUCAAGAUCACUGUUGUUGGACAACGCCACAGCAUUGUUCUGUUGCAGAGCUUGGUACCAUGCCUUGCCCAACUCAAGUCUCUGGUCGCUGUGUCGCCACGACUGCCGCCGUUCUCGCGGGAGGAGCUCUUAUUGGAUACCUUGUUGGUUACAAGUUCGGACAGCGUUCGGCUCGCUGCAACUACAAGAUCCAGCUCGACUCGAAUAAGAUCGUCGACACCGUCGAUAUUGAGGAUAUUGGAGAGAAGAAGGCAUUCUGCAGAUGCUGGAAGAGCGAGAAGUGGCCAUACUGUGACGGAUCACAUGGAAAGCACAACAAGGAGACUGGCGACAAUGUUGGCCCACUCAUCGUCAAAUCCGAAAAGAAGUAAACGUCGUCUCGACAAAUCAUUGAUCUUCAUUAUCUAUUGACUUCUAAAUGUUCUUGUGAUCGUCGAAAACCAUCGGUUUUAUAUGAUUUAGUACGGAUACAGUGAAUUAAUUUUUAGUAUAAAUGACAAGUGUUUUGAAUUUUAUUUAAUAUGGAUGCAAUAAAUAAAUUACAG